UCCAAGACUCUCUGCGAAGAAGCAAGAAGCCUAUUUUCAGGAACGCUGCCGGCCGGCCGGCAAAACCAACCGUCAGAGAAUGGCCGCCCCCGCCCCCGCCGCCGGAAGCAGCCUCCACAGCAAGACCCUCCUCAAAAGCGAGCAGCUCUACCAGCCGUCACAUGACCUCCAAUUUCCCCGACGUCUUCUCUGCUGCCGCCGUAUAUACUGGAGUCCACGGUGUUCCCGCGCGAGCCCGACUGCCUCCGGGAGCUGCGCGUCGCCACCGCCGCCCAUCCCAUGGCUCGCAUGGCGGCGUCGCCGGACCAGGUGCAGUUGUUUAGUCUUCUGAUCGAGAUGCUCGGCGCCAGGAACGCCAUCGAGGUCGGCGUGUUCACCGGGUACUCGCUGCUCGCCACCGCGCUCGCCCUCCCCGACGACGGCAAGGUCGUGGCCAUUGACGUCAGCCGCCAGAGCUACGACGAGAUAGGGGCGCCGGUGGUGGAGAAGGCCGGGAUGGCGCACAAGAUCGACUUCCGCGUCGGGCUCGCGCUGCCGGUGCUGGAUCAGCUGGUCGCCGAGGAUGACAACCUGGGCAAGUUCGACUUCGCGUUCGUGGACGCGGAUAAGGCCAACUUCCACCACUACCACGAGCGGCUGCUGCGGCUGGUCAGGGUCGGGGGCCUCAUCGCCUACGACAACACGCUGUGGGGCGGCUCCGUGGCCUCGCCGGACGACGAGGCGCUGUCGGAGCGCGACCGGGAGCUCGCGGGGAUCGCCAGGGGGUUUAACGCGGCGCUUACCGGCGACCGCCGCGUCCAGGUGUGCCAGCUCGCCAUCUCCGACGGGAUCAUGCUGUGCCGCCGCGUCGCGUGAUCGAUCGGCACGUGUAUGGUCGAUGUUGAUGUUGGUGCUCGGUUGGUGUCGAUCGGCACGUACUGGAUUCGUCUCAAUAAGAAUAAGCACGUCGGAUGUUGCAAUAGUGCUGAACAUGAGCUGUGGAUAAUGGGUUGGGGUGGAAUA